CACACGGACUUUUAUGAUGGAGUGUGCAUUUAACGCACACAAUCUAAUCUCUAUUUCUUUGAGAAAAAUCCAGAACUUUAAAACACAGAGAGGUGGGAUCAAACUCCACAGGAACCUACUGAUAACGUGUGUUCUGAAGAACAUAAGCCAUUUUCACAUGAGCGCGGAUUGCUCUUCCAUUUACAGUAGGCCUAAACAACAUGAGGGCUUUAGACCCGUCUUUACUAAUCAAGACUGUCUAAAAGACAGCGGGAACUCUGAGGAUUUGACUGGUGAGUUGUAUUGUAGAUUCCGUGAGGAUAAUUCGGACACUGAACACCGCGCAUCGCCUCUGCUGGACCGGCACCGUGUGGGGUUGCCCACUCGCAAAGGAACACCUCGCACCGUCUCCUCGCACAGAAACAGGUUUUUCGAAGGUUGUUUUUCAGACCCAAGCUCUCAGGACUUCGCUGAUUGGAACACACAAUCCAAGACUUUCUUGGACUUGGACACACAGAUGCUGACUAGCGUGGGAGGCACCCACCUAUAUGCGUCACCGGAUCCGUAUGACCAGAGCGCGCGAUGUUACGAGACAAAAAAGCGGAAAACCGACUCUAAUUGUUAUAUGACUGAUAAAGAACAUUUAUUAGACUUUGUCUCUAUCAUGUCACAUAAAAGGAACUAAAUCUGAACCUGGAUUCUAAACACUCGGGAAUAACAAAGUAAACCUUAUUAACGUGGUGUGUUCGGGAUUGGAGGAGUUUAUGAACUAUCUGACAGUCACAGAUCAUUUAGACCUGAUAAAUAGGCCUCCCGAACAACUGUUAUCUGGACAAGCGCAUGCACUAGACUAAUUUACAAUGUAGGCCUAUAUGACGUAUUUGUUUAUCCUGGAUAUAAUCAUAUGGUUUCAUAAAUCGUAAAAUAUUGAACUACUUUGAGAUUGUGAGGAUUUUAGUUUCAGAACGAGCUCCAUCGUGUGGUUGAACAAAAUCCUACUAAACGUAACCGGAGGGGGGCGGAGACGCGCGCGCGUCCAAAAACAAGACGAGAGUGUGAAGACUCCUGUGAUCGCCCUUGAAGCAUGAAAUGACAGCUCGUGGGGGUUGGUUACUAUAUUCUUUCUACAAUCGAACUCUCGUGAAUAUUUAACAAAAAGAUGCUGUAUCUUCUCGUGAGAAACGUGCUGAGGCCGGGCGUCGUGAACCCGACUCAUCUGGCGAAGAGCGCGUCGGUGACGAAGGUCACCAAGAGAUCGAUGGUGCACCAGGAGGGGCUCCCCAAGCUCCCCGUUCCCCCGCUGAAGCAGACCUGCGAGGGCUACCUAGCCAUGCUGCAGCCCAUCGUCAGCGAGGAGGAGCUGGAACAUACCCGGCAGCUCGUCACAGAGUUUGUCAGCCCCGGAGGCGUGGGGGACAGGCUGCAGAGGAGCCUGGAGCGCAGGGCUCGGAAGGUGGAUAACUGGCUCUCUGAAUGGUGGAUGCAGUCGACCUACCUGGACUGCCGUAUGCCUGUACCCGUCUACACCAGUCCAGGGGUCAUCCUCCCCCGCAUGCACUUCCAGGACCGUCAAGGACAGAUGAGGUUUGCUGCUAAAUUGAUUGCUGGUGUUUUGGAUUUCAAGCAGCUGAUUGACAGCGACACCCUGCCCAUAGAGUACCUGGGUGGGAAGCCUCUGUGUAUGGACCAGUACUACCAGGUCCUGUCUUCCUGUCGCAUACCCGGACCAAAGAGAGACACGGUGGUCAACCACACCCUCGGGACCACUCCCCCGACACACAUCACCGUGGUGCACAACUUCCAGUUCUUCAUCCUGGACGUGUACAACAGUGAUGGCACCCCGCUGACCGUGGACCAGAUCUACAUGCAGCUGGAGAAGAUCUGGAACUCUUCCCUGCAGACCAACAAGGAGCCCAUCGGCAUCCUGACCUCCCAGCACCGCAACACCUGGGGCAAGGCCUACAACAACCUCAUCAAGGACAAGACGAACAAGGAGUCUGUGCGAGCCAUCCAGAAGAGCAUCUUCACCGUGUGUCUGGACGCUCCCAUGCCCCGCGUGUCCGACGAGAUGUACCAGAGCCGCGUGGCGGCCCAGAUGCUGCACGGCGGGGGCAGUCGCUGGAACAGCGGGAACCGCUGGUUUGACAAGACUCUGCAGUUUAUCAUUGGUGAAGAUGGGUCAUGUGGUCUGACGUAUGAACACGCCCCCGCUGAGGGUCCGCCAAUCGUAUUCCUGAUCGACCAUGUGGUGGGAUACAUGAGGAGGUCAGAGAUGGUCCGCUCCCCCAUGGUUCCUCUUCACAUGCCUCAGAAGCUCCGCUUCAACAUCACUCCAGAGGUCAAGAAGGAUAUCGAGAACGCCAAGCAGAACAUGAACAUGAUGGUGCACGACCUUGACGUCAGAGUGCUGUUGUUUUCCCACUUCGGGAUAAACGUUCCCAAGCAGCACAAGCUCAGCCCUGACGCGUUUGUGCAGAUGGCCCUCCAGCUCGCCUACUACAGAAUGUAUCAGCUCUGCUGCUCCACCUACGAGACGUCAUCCCUGCGCAUGUUCAAACUGGGGAGGACCGAAACCAUACGGUCCACCACUACAGAGUCUUCCAAGUUUGUCCAGGCCAUGGAUGACGCGGGAACCUCGAACACGGAGAAGGUUGCUCUGUUAACAAAGGCAAUUCAACUCCACCGAGAUAACACGAGAAAGGCGAUUUAUGGCCAGGCCAUAGACAGACACCUACUGGGUCUCAAGAUGCAGGGAAUUACAGAACUGACCUCCAUGCCAGACAUAUUCAUGGACACCUCCUAUGCUGUUGCCAUGCACUACCAUCUCUUCACCAGCCAGGUUGGCGCCAAGACGGAUUGCGUCAUGUGCUUCGGCCCCACGGUUCCCGACGGAUACGGCGUGUGUUACAACCCCAUGGAGGAGCACAUCAACAUCGCCAUCACAGCCUUCAACAGCUGCGAGGAGACCAACGCCGCCAAGUUCUCCAGAGCCGUGGAGACGGCCCUGCUGGACAUGCAGGCCCUGCUGGAGCAGACAGCCCUGGCCGGCCGGUGAGGCUGCCGUGGGCCCUGCCGGAGAAGCUCGCCUCUAGGGGGCGCUGGUGCGACGAGCACCUUGGAACCGUGUGUCGCUGUCGACGGGUGGUGAUGAGACACGGCCGUACAUGGUAGGAGAGGGGAGAGGGGGAGAAGCACUGAGCAGGAGACAGAGCCAGGAAGAACAGCUUCCAGAUGUUGGGCUGAGUCCUCGGUGCUCAGGAACGUGUCGUGUAUCAAAGCUUCAGCACCAUACCUCGACUUUCACGGUUAGAAACACGUUGUCUAUUCACAGAAGGAGGCCUUAUAUACAAAUGUGUUUAGUCCAAAUGUUUAAAGAUUAUAUGGCGUUGUCCAGUUUUUUUCAGAGUUGGAUAUAAAGAAUACAGAUGUG